CUGAAACUCCAUCGUGAUGGGAAAAAGAAUAUGUUGGCGGUUAUUUCGAAAGGUUACUUCACACGAGGUCAGACUUGUCCUGAAAUCCGAGGAAAAAGAAGUGGAAGAAAAAAAUAGGUAAAGAUGGCCGAUCAAACGUGAUUCAGCGGUCGGCGAUGCACGCCCCGAAACAGACCGGUCUCCUUCUUGGUUCCGGGAAUUCGUACUCCGCCAAUGGGACUUCCAGCAUCGGCUCCAUUCACGGCCAGUAUUCUGCUGGAACGUGACGACAUUACUCGGGAAAUACCUUGGCAAUUUUAUGUACUCAUUCGCCGGGGAAAAAUACUGGAAAUCCUUUCGCAAUUGUUUGGUGAAUUAUUAGGAUUUUUGCGAAAUUUGUAAAAAAUAAGCGGAGAAAAGAUCUGUUAAAAGGUUGCUGUGCAAAGUGUUUAUUCCGUAGUUUUGUAUCUUACAAGAGAUUGCGAUGUAACUUAGUGAACGCCUUGAUACACCGAUGUUGCGUCAGGAUUACGCGUGAUUAUCGUCCAUUACGAAUGUUGCGUUUAUCUAAAGGGUUAUCCUAAUUGAGUGUCACAUCUUCAAAUUGAAAUAAAACGCAAAGUAUUUGAGAUUUGUGUAGUUUUUUUAACACAAAGUCUACUUUACGACAUUAAUCAUGAAAGACAAUAUCAUUCAAGUAUCCUCCUGGGCUUUUUCCACGAGAUCAAUGCGUUUGAUCCAAUUUUCCAUUAAAUUUUCACACAAUUGAAAUUCAGCUCGACAGUAGUCUUUGGACUAAGUUUUAGACUUCACUUUUCAAAAAUUCCCUUAGAGAAAGGUCUUGGUAGCCAAUUGAUGUUUCCUCCUCGUGAAAUUACGCGUCCAUUAAAUUUGGUCAAACGCAUCGGACACGUGGAAAAAAGCAGAGAAGGACACUUGAGUAAGUAAAGCUUAGUUUGUGUUAAAAUAAAAAAACCCUACAAAUCUCAAAUCCUUUGCGUUUUAUUUCAAUUUGAAGAUGUGACACUCAAUUUGGAUAACCCUUUACUUCCGGGAGAGUAAUGUUAACCGGGGAAAAACCCUUCCCUUCCGCUUUCUCUUUGGCAACUAACUCUGCUCCAACGAUUUACCAGAGAAAUCGAUGAAUCCCGAUGACGCAUGCCGCUCGUUUCAUGGAAAUACAUGAAUCGUAUCAUGUACGAGUCACGCCGAUCUCAGAUGUCAUUGCCUGCUGCUCUGCUUGAGAAUGAACAUCGUUUGGCAAUUAAAACUUGUCGGUAAUAUUUCCAAAAGGAUCGCAGCAAACAGGAACAACAGGAACAGGUUUCUUGCAUCGAAGAAACAAUGAUUUUAAUCAUUACAAAAUUAACCUUUGAAGAUAAUACUUCUUCUUCUAAUACUUCUAACUCUAGAGGAGUAGAAUUCGAAAGAAAAUAAAAGAUUUUUCAAAAUCACCUAAGAUCCACGUGAAAUAAGGAAUUUAUGUAAUAAAAAACGAAUGGUCGUCUGAUGUACCACACAUGUGCAUGAAUCAUCUUUCCUUGAAUACCAGGAACACCGAAUCAUGUUUGUCCACCCGGCAGAAAAUGAGACGAUGAUUUCUUCGACGUAAAGAUCGGUUGAAAAAUCAAGCUACGUGUUUCGUGGCGAAGAAAUCGAGUGAGGGAUACCCGCUGAACGAGGAUCACGCUCGAGAAAGACUUUCGAACGUGUUCGCGUUAGCAUCGAGUAUAAAUCGCACGAAUUAUCUGUCUCUCGAGCGAUCUGAUUUUCCUCUUUAUCUGUCUGCGACGAAUGAACAGAUUCUGAGAGCCAUGCACGAAUUGGCGAUACAUUGGAAAGCGAAGUGGAAAUUCAUAAAAAAUCUGGAAGAGAUAUCGAUCGAAGAGGACGAAAUGGAGACUGAGCCGGUGAUGGUCCCGUCUGAUCCGUCGGAGUGGAAUUCGAACCAUAUAGCAUCAUGGAUCUCAUGGUGUAGUCGUGCGUUUUCUAUGAAAUCACCCCCGGACCCCGGGAAAUUUCCGUCGACGGGAAAGGAGUUGCUGAAAUUGUCGUCUGACUUUUGGCAAGGAAUUCCUGGCGGUAAAAUUUUCGCGAAACACCUCGGGUACCUUCAGUUUCAAGUAACCGGUAUACAAACGCCAGAUUUAUUGCAAGAGGAAAAAAUCGAUGAAAGGUUCAGCCUCCUACAACGGUCUUGCUCGUUGAUUGGAUCAACAGCUGGAGCCAGCGGUUCCGGGGCGGUCGGAGGCGGACAAGUUCAACUCUGGCAAUUCCUGCUGGAGCUACUCUCGGAUUCGUCGAAUUCAUCCUGCAUCGCGUGGGAAGGUUCCAACGGGGAGUUUAAACUUACCGAUCCGGAUGAGGUUGCUCGGAGAUGGGGCGAACGGAAGAGCAAACCGAACAUGAACUACGACAAACUGUCGCGGGCACUCAGGUACUAUUACGACAAGAAUAUAAUGACGAAAGUGCACGGGAAACGCUAUGCUUACAAAUUCGAUUUUCAUGGACUGAUGAUGGCUUGCCAGGCACAAGCUGGCGUCACGCUGGAAACGUCCUCGUCAUCCCGAAGUACAGGAACAAAUUGUCACCCUCAUCAUUCGCAUCAUGCUCAUCAUUUAUAUCCAACAGGAGCAUCAAAUUCGCAACAUUCUUCGGUAUCAGCACAUCCACCACCGCCUCCGCCACCUCCGCCUCAUUACUGUUGGCCUUAUCAUAGAUAUUCUCCACCGACAUAACAUUGUUUUUUAUUUGUGACAACCUGCCCAAUUCCCUGACACAUGAGAUACUCCUAUAUUUAAUGUAAGAUACACUUAAGAUUAAGAAGGACACGAGUACAAUUAAGAAAUGAUUGUAUACUUAUUUGUAAGGAAGAAAGAUUGUUGUAAAUAUAAAUCUCUUAUAAUAUUUAGGUAAAUGUAUUUAAAGCAAUAGCGGUGAUUCUGUGUGUUUUAUUUAAUAUU